CGAAUUGGUCGAAUCAUGACUCAGUUGUUGAAACUAGGUACUGAAAUAGAUUCGGCAUCGGUAAAAUGGAUUUUAGAACCAGCAUAAACAAUAAACAAGAUUUGAAACAAGCCAUGCUCACUACAGUGUACCAAAUCACCGAAUGCUAGAGCUGUUUAGUUGUGAAAAUCCAAGUGUGGAGAUCGAAGGAAAAGAGUGACUCAUGCGCAGAUAACACUCAUCCUCAGAUUCGUCAUUUCUGAUAACACUAAUCCGCUUAAGGCAGUCAAGUUUCCGUCUAUUCGAUGAAUGCAAUCAGCAUUGAGCCGAAUUCUAUUUUCAAUUUAACAGCGAAAAGUUUUGAUUUGACAAAGAGAUAUGCAGUUAGAAAAGUUCUGGUGAUCUAGUGUCAAUUUCUGUGCUGAAAAUCUCAUUGUAGACGUGGAGGAGAUGCUUUGAAUAGUGUUUUGUUGAUAACCUGUUGUUGUGUGUGUGAGUGUUUUCUCCUGAACUGAGUUUAAACUAUCUUGAAUCAAGAUGAACCGUGCUAUGAUGUCUCACACAGUGACAGUUACUAGGACUACCACCACCACAUCCACCACCGCCCUUAUCCUGAAUACAGGAUACAUGAAGACUCUUCCUGGCUUCCUCAAGGUUUUGCAAGUGCUAUGCGGUGCUAUCGCUCUUGGUAUUGUGGUCCACUACAGGGAUAGGUACAGAUAUGUCCCUGGCUUUCCAGAGCUGUUUUUCAUGUGUGUAGCUACAACGUUUCUCAUAGGAUCCGUGGCGCUUCUACUUUCCUGUUUGAUCUCUCUAUCAACUGCUUCAAUCAUUGCCAAGACAAUCUACGAAGUUGUCUACCAUACAUUUGGAUUCUUGUUCUACCUGGUGGCGUCAAUUGUACUUAUGGUGGAGGUGAACGGCUCCAACACUUGGUAUGGGCGUUCCAACUAUUACACUCCAUACCUCACUGCUUCCAUUCUUGGACUGAUACUUACUGCUCUGUACUUACUGAGCACGAUUUUCGCCUACAAGUCAUACAGAGGAGGUUAAGCCGACUCCUCAAGAUCUCUGAAGAUUUUUUGGCAGUUUUGUGUACCUGUGCAAAUCAAAAUUAUAUUCAGAGACGUUUUAAAUGUCAUUGGUUGUCAGCUAUCAUAAUUAUUUCUCAUUUACAGUAUCAAUUCAAGACUUAUAAAAUGAAAUUAUUGUUUUUUAUUCAAAUUAGUAUCGGCAAGUAUCAAAAUGACUAAAGUAAGGAGAAUAUAACAAUUAUAUUUGGAAGUUUUAACUUGAAUACAGUUAUAAAUUUUCAAAUAAUUGACAAAAUCAUUGCUUAAAAGCAUAAAUGUGAAGUAUGUACCAUUUGUAUCAUCUGAAAGUAAUUUCUGAAUAGCCUAGUUUGUAAGUUCUUAUCAUUAUUCAAGCUUUACUCGUCGUUUUUAACGCAUUUCUAUUAAUUUAUUGAUAUCAUUUUUUUCAUCAUGCACGCAUCAAUUUAAUUCAUAGACGUUUCCAAACUUCAACUGUCUAUGGAUAUGGGCUUAUGUAUUCAUUUGAAUUUCAAAUCUAAUUAGCACUUUUUCACAUUUGAAGCAUGAAUUAAUGGAAGAAUUAAAUGGAAUAUUUAUAAAAGAGUUAUAAUGUCAUUAAUCAUGCGACUAAUUAUUUAUUAUUGUAUGCUAGAUGUAAGCACUGAGGCUUUGGUGUUAAAUAUGAAUAUCUUUAUGUAAUGUUGUAGUAGAAAAAUGUUCUGUAAGCUAUAAAAUAGUUUUAGAAAUCCAUGACUAGAGAUCUAUUCUUUCAGUUUUCUAUAUUACAUCUCCGAGACUGAAGGUUUAUGGCAAUCAUCCAAUCCAUUAACAACUGUGCCUUUUUGAUUUGAAAGUUAUUUCAGAACCGUUCUAUUAUUGUAUUCAUCAGAUUAGCUUUAUUGUCUAGUUGAAAAACUUAUUGGAAAACAAUAUUUGAAUAAAAGUAGGCUACAGUUUCUCUAUAAGAUUGUCAAUUAAUUAAAGUGGAGCAAACAAAGUAUUCAUGCAUUUAUAUUUCUCAGUACUGUAGAAUAACAUUUUAAAUGAUAAGCAUAACUGUAUUUAAAACGUGGGCCAGCCAAAACCGUAUUUUAUUAUAGAAAAUAUAUGUAUGAAAUAAAAAAUUCUCCAUAUAAAGAAAUAUAUUUCGUGUUUACUUUUAAAUGCUUGUGACAAUGUCUUAUUGCUUCAAGAGAGCAUUAAGAUGUUAGACUUAAGAUGUUUGUCAAAUGUGCAUCUGCAUAAAAUUAUUUUAAUGUCGUUACUAAAAUAUCCAUACUAUAGAAGGUUAUUUUUAAGAGCUCCCAAAAUGUAACUUUUAAUGUGUUCAAUAUUGUAUGUUUAUAAAUAAAUGUCGUAAAUUAUAUUUAA